GACAACACUCCUCCAACACAAUAAUCCCGCCAAACCCUCAUCAAUCCUCUUUUAUAUCGCAAAAUCGUCGCGCGCACAACUUUUCGGUGCUUUCUGCCCUCACGAAUCAAGAAACGAAGGGCCAACUCAAAGAUGGCCUCAUUGGCGCGACCAACGCUAGCCGAUGCAAUCAAAGUGCGGAGGCUCGGUUCCCACACAUACCAGGCGAGCCUGGAUCCCACGUUUUGCAUUGGGAAUGUUCCCAAUGGAGGCUACUCUUCCUCUUGUUUGCUUUCUGCUGCGCGUCUACACCUUGCGUCUCGCAGCCAAGGAGACACAGUAAAUGUGCACUGCGAAUUUCUGGCUCGCACAAAGCCUGGCCUAGCCAUCAUCACCAUCGAGGAUGUUAAAAUUGGUAAACAGUUUUCAACAUUGCACAUAACCUUGUGGCAAGGCGAGGGUAUCCUAGACAGGUCACCCUGGAUGACUCCAACAAUAACGAAACGAUGUAUCUUGGCCUAUGCGUUCCAAUCCAACUUCGACUCAGUGUCAGGCUUGACGCUCGGGACGGGAUACGAAGAGAUUGAUGCAGGAACACGAGCAGAAACGCCAAAUUUUGAAUCCUUACUCGAUAGAAAGGGGGAUGCUACUUGGGUAGAGACACCGCUACCACCUGGUCAGGCUGACGUGAUUCUAUGUGGCCAUAACUGGCGCAUGUACUUUCCACGAUCCGGGCCGCUUAGUCCUGGUGUUAUGGACAUGUGGAUGUGUACAGCAAGUGGCGAACUCGUAACACAGGAUCUCAUGCCCUACAUUGUAGAUACAUUCCCUCCAGAUGUACAUAUGUGGGUGUUGGACUCAGCAACUCGAGCUAUGCUCCUAGAUUCAGCAACGACUAAGACUCGUCGCGGAAAUUCUGUAGCUGACGAAGAGUUGAAAAAGCGCGGUAGCGAUCGUGGAAACGUUUGGAUUGCUACUGCAGUCCUGGAUCUUGAGAACAAACGCCCCUUGCCCGCAGAAGGGAUUCGCUGGUUGAACAUGCGCACGACCACGACGUCUAUUGUGAAUGGUGUUUGUGACCUGCAAACAAUUAUCCGAAAUGAAGAUGGGGAGAUUCUUGCAGUAAGCCACCAGGUAUCUCUGAUCUUGACUAUGGACAGAAACAAAGGUGCUGCUCCGAAGCCGUCUCUAUGA